AUGAUUGACGCUCUCCGUCACCUGACUCACGCCACUGGCUCUGAGAAUCCUUUCGCAUCUGCGUUGGUGUGUCUAUGUUCGAGUCUGGGCAUCGUAUAUGCCGCAUAUCUCUAUAUCGACUACAGGCGCCUGAUCCACCGCCUCGGGAACCUCCCCGGAUUCACGACCUUCCCUCAACCCUUAUCGAUACUACAGGGCAUCAAUGAAAAGGGUCUCGGGAAGGACCCGUUCAUCGUUGUCAAGUAUCAACCCUUCCAAGAUGCAGGUUGUGACGCGGUGGCGUGGGUUAGCGUAUGGCCGAAAGCUCGACUCUCCUACGCUCUAGCCGAUCCAGACGCCAUCAAGGAUGUCACUUCUGAUCGCACUCGUUUCGUGAAACCCUCGGAAUGCUACACAGCCAUCAAUGUAUUCGGAGAGAACAUCGUGUCAUCCGAAGGCGAAACUUGGAAGAGGCACCGCAGGAUCAUGGCCCCAGCGUUUUCGGAAAAACAGUAUCAGUUGGUUUGGAAGGAGACUGCUAUCAUCAUGGAUGAGCUAAUCGAUCGAGUCUGGAACUCCGCACCUGAAGUAGUGAUACACGACGCGAAGGACAUCACGAUGCCUGCUGCAAUCAUGGUGAUCAGUGCCGCCGGGUUUGGCCAAAGAAUCUCCUGGUAUGACGAGGACCAAAUCCCCGAGGGUCAUCGCAUGACGUUCAGAGAUGCCUUGGUCAAGAUGAGCCCCGAGCUUAUAACCCUCAUGGCAAUCCCCUCGUGGGCAAUGGGCCUCACUGCGAAGUUCCGUGCUGCUCGUUUAGCCGCGAGCGAGAUCCAUAAAUACAUGCUUGAGAUGAUUGCAGAACGACGUCACAAGCAAAGUGAUGGUUCAGGCCACGACAUCUUUACUUUACUCAUGGAGGCAAUGGAUGACGACGACGUGAAGGUGACCGAACGCGAGUUGACAGGGAACGUAUUUGUACUUCUCCUAGCCGGACACGAGACGACGGCGCAUACGCUUGCAUUCACGCUUGCAUUCCUGGCACUCUACCCCGAAACUCAGGAGCACAUCUUCCGCGAGAUUCAAAGCAUCACCGACAACUUCCAAAGAGAACUGUCAUUCUCCGAUAUGGGCUCACUCACUUACACUAUGGCGGUGUUCUAUGAGACUCUACGCUUAAUGCCAUCUGCCACUUACAUCCCCAAACGGUGCACCGAAGAUACCUCACUCGCGGUGGCCAAUCUCAAGGGCGGGAAGACCGUCAUCCCCAUCUCGGCAGGAACAUACAUAUUGAUGGACCUCAUGGGUCUUCAUUACAACCCUCGCGUCUGGCCCGACCCCUACAGCUUCAAGCCAGAAAGGUUCCUGGGCGAGUGGAAUCGCGAUGCAUUCAUGGCAUUCAACACAGGUCCUCGCGGCUGUACUGGACGUAAGUUCGCGGAGACUGAAGUGACCGUGAUUCUCACCAAAAUUGUCGCUCAAUAUACUAUUGCGAUUACCGAGAAUCCGACUUGCCCAGAGGAGUCUUUUGAGCAACGCAAGGCGCGAGUUUUCACCAUAGAACCGGGAAUAACUACCACCCCCGCCAGAAUCCCACUUACCCUGAGACGCAGAGACUGA